AUGGGACAAAACGAUGAGAACACACAAUGCAUGUCGGUCCGAUGCUGUUGCAAACUGAUAUCGAAAUGUGAUGAAAAACCAGCAGCCCCGGUGGUGGCAACGAAACCACGGAAUAAUGAUUGCGGCGGACAAGCGGAACGCCCUAAACAAAUGAGUCUAUGCGAUUUCUUGAAAUCGCAACCGAUCCCGGAAUGGAUCAAAGUCAACGACGUGCGUCCGCAACAGAACCAAAACCAGCAGCGUACAACGCAACCCUGCGCCCCCGAAAAGCCGAAAGGAAAUUCCGUACCGGAAGACGUGGUAUCCUCGCAGAUAAUCAUCAACUUCGGGACGGUCAUAACCAACGGAGGGUGCAAGCGAGACUCAUGUCAGCAGACCGAACCAGAAGUAAAGCAACGAGUAGGUCCGACCACCGUAAGUCCACCGGAAAAUCGGUCGACCUGCGCCUGUCCCCCAGCUAAACGUUCGACGUCCAAAAUAUGUCCUGCGCCGGCUAAUAAGCCGACCACCACCUGCAGUCCACCUAAUAAUCGGCCAAUCCCCACCUGUCCACCGACUGAUAAGCAGACCACCACCUGCAGUCCACCUACUGAUAAGCCGACCACUACCUGCAGUCCACCGAAUAAUCGGCCAAUCCCCACCUGUCCACCGACUGAUAAGCAGACCACCACCUGCAGUCCACCUACUGAUAAGCCGACCAACACUUGCAGUCCACCGGCUAAUCGGCCGAACCCCACAUGUCCAUCGACUAAUAAGCCGACAAACUCCUGCAGUCCACCGACUAAUCGGCCGAACCCCACCUGUCCAUCGACUAAUCGGUCGACCCCACCCUGUCCAUCGGCUAAGGUGGCGACCUGUCCACCAACUUGUCCACCGACCUGUCCAUCAACCGAUCCUCCUGGCUCUUUGUGCCCUGCACUCCUUCCAGCCUCAUUAUUCUGCCCUGCACCCGCAAAAGAACCUUCAGAACGUGGCCGUUGCACCCAGGAAAAAUCGAAAUGUGCCAGCUCGAGUUCACCACCAAAAGCCCGUCCCGAAUGCGGAGCCAAAAAGGUUAAGUGUGGUUGCAACUGCCACUCGGACGCAUAG